AUGAGGUGGGAGAGGCUUCAGCAGCAGGCCGCCCAGUACCAUUCUGGCGGGGGAGUAAUUCCGCAGCUCGGAUUGAAUGUCCCCGGGAAACGGUGGGGCCACACCUGCAAUUCCAUCAGAGGUGGGAGGUUUCUCUACCUUUUCGGUGGCUAUGGCAAUGAGAAUUGCCACACCAACCAAGUUCAUGUGUUCGAUACUGCUACUCAAAGUUGGAGUCGGCCUGCAGUAAAGGGUACACCACCUAUUCCGAGGGACAGCCAUACUUGCACAACUGUUGGAGAUAAUUUAUAUGUAUUUGGCGGUACUGAUGGGAUGAAUCCACUCAGGGAUUUGCAUAUAUUAGAUACUUCAACACACACAUGGAUAUCUCCUACUACAAGAGGCGAUGGACCAGAGGCUCGGGAAGGGCAUAGUGCUGCUCUUGUUGGUAAACGCAUCUUCAUAUUCGGUGGUUGUGGACAGUCUUCAGAAACUAAUAAUGAAGUAUAUUAUGAUGAUCUGUACAUAUUGAAUACAGAGACGUUUAUGUGGAAGCGUGCAACAACUUCAGGCUCCCCACCUUCUGCCCGAGACAGUCAUACUUGCUCAUCAUGGAGAAACUAUGUCAUCGUCAUUGGUGGUGAAGAUGGGCAUGAUUACUAUUUAUCUGAUGUGCACAUGUUGGAUACAGAAACCCUUGUCUGGAAGGAGCUGAGUACUGCAGGUCAGAAGCUGCCACCUCGAGCGGGACAUUCCACCAUUGCUUUUGGCAAGAACCUGUUUGUUUUUGGGGGAUUUGCAGAUUCUCAAAAUCUAUACGAUGACACAUACAUGCUCGAUCUUGAGUCUGGCAUGUGGACAAAGGUAAUGGCUAUAGGUGAUGGACCUUGUGCAAGAUUUUCUGCAGCUGGUGACAGUUUGGAUCCUAUGAAGGGUGGUAUGCUUGUCCUGAUUGGCGGUUGCAAUAAGCAUCUUGAGGCACUGGAUGACAUGUUUUACUUACAUACAGGACUGACAAACAUGCAAGAUGAGCGGCAAGUAGAAAAGUUAUCCUUGCGGAAGCAACUGAAACUAAAAUGCCAUGAACAAAGUCUCAAUCCAGAUAGAUCUCUGGUCGGAGUUGAUCCAACAGCUAGUUUCCACCGUAGCAUACCAACUUAUGAUGUGCAUGGUAGUACCCCUUCUCCUUUUGAGUUACUGUAG